GGUGGAGAUCGCGAGGGGGGCGGGAGCUGCUUCCAAGGUGAUAGUGUGGCGGCCUCGGCGCUGGAUUGAGCGGGUCUGAGCCGGGUUCCCAGAGGGCUGCGCGUCCCCGGCCCGUCGGCGCUGUCAUGGCGGGUGUGCUGAAGAAGACCACCGGCCUUGUGGGAUUGGCUGUAUGUGAGAGCCCACACGAGAGGUUAAGAAUAUUGUACACAAAGAUUCUUGAUGUUCUUGAGCAAAUUCCUAAAAACGCAGCAUAUAGAAAGUAUACAGAACAGAUUACAAAUGAGAAGCUGAGUAUGGUUAAAGCGGAACCAGAUGUUAAGAAACUAGAAGACCAACUUCAGGGUGGCCAACUAGAAGAGGUGAUUCUUCAGGCUGAAAAUGAAUUAAGUCUGGCAAGAAAAAUGAUACAGUGGAAACCAUGGGAGCCUUUAGUGGAAGAGCCUCCUGCCAACCAAUGGAAAUGGCCAAUAUAAUCAUCAUUAAAUGACUAGUGUGUUGAUGGGAAAUGGAUGUAAUUAAAUGUUCUGUUAUAUUAAAAAAAUAUUUCCAUAUUAUUGACAUCUUACAAUCAAGAAAACUAAUACAGAAUAUAUUUAGGAGACUUGUUAAAAUUAAUGACUAUGGUAGUAGGGUCUUAUGAAUUCAGUUUUGACAUGUAAAACAUUCAUUCAAAUUA